AUAAUAAAACGAUAUUUGAUUCCUUCGCAGUUUGUUCGUCUCAAUCCGUCUCUACUUGCUCCGUGUCCUCUGCUCCAUUUCGCCGUCGCCGUUCGCUUCAGAUCUCGCCGGAGUUCUUCCCUCUCUCCAUUUUUUCGUCAAAUUGAAAUCUUUUUCGGAGUCUCCGAGUUGAACUUUUCCUGUUUUUCUUUCUAUUAUCUCCUUUUUCAGUGUCAGGUUUUCGUUUGGAUCUCGGGUUUUUUUUGUGUUUUUAUUAUUUUCCCUGUCGAGUUGCUCGGAAUCAGUUGUUUUCCCCUAUGACUGAACGAUCUGGGUGCUGAAAUCGAUCGGAAUGUGACCGGAAUCUACGGGGUGAGAGAUUCUCUCGGGAUUUUGUUGCCUUUUUUAUCCGUUUGGUGGUGUUGGCGAUGGAGGAUUCCGAUAACAAGAGGUGUAGGUUGAGCAGCGUGACGAUAGAUGACGUCAUCGAGCAAGUGAUGCCGUACAUAACCGAUCCGAAGGACCGUGAUUCUGCAUCGCUGGUGUGCCGGAGGUGGUUCAAGGUCGACGCCGACACGAGGGAGCACGUGACGAUGGCUCUCUGCUACACGGCGAAGCCCGACCGCCUGAGCCGCCGCUUCCCAAACCUGAGGUCACUGAAGCUGAAGGGCAAGCCAAGGGCCGCCAUGUUUAACCUGAUCCCGGAGAACUGGGGAGGGUAUGUUACCCCUUGGGUGAACGAGAUCGCGGCCUCUUUUCGGCAGCUCAAAUCGGUUCACUUCCGUCGUAUGAUUGUCAGCGACUUGGAUCUUGAUCUUCUGGCGAAGGCGAGGAAAGAUGAGCUCGAGGCUUUGAAGCUCGACAAGUGUUCUGGGUUCUCUACUGAUGGACUUUUAAGCCUCGCUCGACACUGCAGGAAGAUUAAGACAUUGCUCAUGGAAGAAAGCUUUUUCAUUGAAAAGGAUGGUGAAUGGCUUCAUGAGCUUGCCCUGCACAACACAUCUCUCGAGGUUUUAAACUUUUACAUGACGGAGCUCGCAAAAAUCAACCCGAAAGACCUGGAAACAAUAGCUAGAAACUGCCGCUCUCUUGUUUCUCUGAAGCUUGGAGACUGCGAGAUCCUGGACCUUGUUGGGGUUUUUAAGGCUGCUAUUAAUCUUGAAGAAUUCUGUGGUGGCUCCUUCAAUGAGGAUCCUGACAGACCUGACAAGUACCUGACUUUGUCUUUCCCCCGAAAACUAUGCCGUUUGGGCCUCUCCUACAUGGGAACAAAUGAAAUGCCGAUAAUAUUUCCAUUUGCUGCCCAAAUCCGGAAGUUGGAUCUGCUCUAUGCCCUGUUGGACACCGAGGAUCAUUGUACGUUAAUCCAGAAGUGUCCUAAUUUGGAAGUUCUUGAGACAAGGAAUGUUGUUGGAGAUAGAGGACUAGAAGUUCUUGCACGGCAUUGCAAGCGGUUGAAGCGGCUGAGGAUUGAAAGAGGUGCAGAUGAACAAGGAAUGGAGGAUGAAGAGGGCUUAGUCUCUCAGAGAGGAUUGAUCGCUCUUGCCCAAGGCUGCCAGGAGCUGGAAUACAUGGCUGUAUAUGUCUCUGACAUCAAUAACCAGUCCCUACAAAGCAUAGGUACCUACCUGAAAAAUCUCCGCGACUUCCGCCUCGUGUUGCUGGACAGGGAAGAAAGAAUUACGGAUUUGCCUCUGGACAAUGGGGUGCGAGCCCUCUUGAGAGGGUGCGAGCAGCUUAGAAGGUUCGCCCUCUAUCUCAGACCAGGAGGACUAACCGAUAUGGGUCUGAGUUACAUCGGGCAAUACAGCCCAAAGGUGAGAUGGAUGCUUCUCGGUUAUGUUGGGGAAUCCGAUGAGGGUUUGUUGCAAUUCUCGAUGGGAUGUCCCAGCCUCCAGAAGCUAGAGAUGAGAGGCUGUUGCUUCAGCGAGCAUGCGAUAGCUGUUGCGGUCACGAGACUGACUUCACUGAGGUACCUCUGGGUACAAGGAUACAGGGCAUCUGCCACAGGACGUGAUCUCUUGGCCAUGGCUCGUCCCUUCUGGAACAUCGAGCUGAUUCCCGCGAGAAGAAUCCCAGAAGUGAAUCAGAUUGGAGAGGUUAGAGAGGUGGAGCACCCUGCUCAUAUACUUGCUUAUUACUCACUGGCUGGUCAGCGACGAGACUUCCCAUCUACCGUUAUUCCCUUCGGUCCGUACCCUUGAAGAGCAUUUACCAGAGCCAAGUCUGUACAUAGAGCCUGUUUCCCGGUAGUUCUGUUUUAUUUUGCACGGUUUUCUGUUCAUAAAUUGGGGUCGCAGUUUCGUUUCAUAUUCGCGAUUGUGUUGAGAGUCUAGCUUCAGGUUCCACUUUUACAGUUUCCACGACUCUGCUCGAGUUUCGCUCUCUGCUGUAUCAUCCUUUGGGUCAGAUAUUGGUAGAGCCGUGACUGUAACGCCGUCUUAACUUCAUCUCGUCCACUGAGUUCAGAGUUCUUGUUCCCCUUUGCUUUAUGAAUAAACUUUAGAGAAGAUUUGUGGACC